CCGCUGUUUCCCCGUAAUACCCCUCUUUUCCCUCUCUUUAUUUUCCCCCAAAUCAAUUUAUUUUCCUAACCCUAACUUUUUCCCAUUACAAAUCCCUCUUCCUAUCCCGCUCAUUUUUUCUCUCUUUCUCUCUCCUCCUCUGCCCCUCCUUCCUCCUCAAAUUCUCUCUCCUUCUUCCCUCCUUUUUUUGAAUUUCAUCAAAAUUUUGGAUGAAAUUGUAACCCAACUCUGAAAAGUGAAAACCCAGAAAAACUCUCAGGGAAAAAGGAUUAAGAAUGGGUAAGUACAUGAAGAAAGGGAAGAUAUCAGGGGAUGUUGCAGUCAUGGAUAUCUCUCAAUCAACUUCAUUAGGAGUUCGUACUAGGGCUCGCACCCUCGCCCUUCAACCCAACCCUGAACUCUCUUACCUUCAACUCCGUAGCCGACGCCUCGAAAAAACCCUUCCUCCGCCCCCUCCUCCACCGACCACGAAAACCACUGAUUCUAGAAACCCUAAUUCGGAAACUCAGAGACGUAUCCGAGUCAACUCGGUCAACUCGUCCGGUUCCGUGUCCAAGAAAGGGGAUAGAGGGCGUUUUGGUCAUUUUUCUGAUACCGAGGAGUUUCAUGAUCUGGGUACUGUUGAUGGAUCCUUUGGAGAGAACAAUUUAGACUUUGAUUCCAGAGAAAGGAGCACCCGAGAGAGCACUCCUUGCAGCUUGAUUAGAGGUGCAGAAACCAUAGGAACGCCCGGAUCAACUACGAGACCGACGUGCUCUGCUUCAGCAAACCGAAGAGCUCGAAAUACUCAAAGACCAAUCCCAACGAACCCGGAAAUGGAAGAGUUCUUUGCCGGGUUUGAACAUCACCAGCAGAAACUAUUCCUUGACAAGUACAACUAUGAUAUCAUGAGCGAUAUGCCUCUCUCAGGACGUUACGAGUGGGUACGAGUAGACAAGUAGUAGGAGGGAAGAAUCUGCAGAAGCAAAAUACACAAAUUCUUACAAGAAAUCAUGGAAAAGGGAAAAAAAAAAGAAAAGAAUAUGUGUAACCUGUGAUUUGUAACAUAAGUGCAGCUGACUAAAUGUAGCCUAACCCUUGUUUAUUAGGUAGCUUAGCAGAGACUGAUUUUAGCUUUUGAAAUCCAAAGUGAAGAUAAAGAUGAUUUCUGUAGGUUUAGAGUUCAGUUUAUGAUGGGUUGUAUGCACCAUUGUAAUCUGUGAUGGAUAUCAUUACAUAUUUUUCUGAAACCAAAUCUAGUAAGCCUAGUAGUAGUAACUAUUUCUUUCCUCAUUUCCA